GCUGCUGCUGCUUCAGCCUUGCCGCGCGCACCAUGCAGUCCCCUCACCUCCUCCUCUUCCUCUUUCUCCCCCUCCUUCUGCCUGGGAUGUGGGCAGACCUAGAGGAUAUGCAAGUUUUCCAGAUGCUCCAGACCAUCCUCUUCACGAAUGUCAGCUCUGCCGAGGUGUCUGGGGUGGUUCUUCUGGGGGAUGUGCCCAUCUAUGCACUGGAUCCUGCCAACUGGAGCAUCCACUUCCACUGGCCGUGGUCCCGCCAGGCGGCAUCUGAAGGUGAUGCGGAGAAGAUCAAGUCCCACUUAAAAAUCUAUUUGCGAAGUAUGGUCCGAUAUGUGCAUGAAGUCGCCCAGCAGGAGAAACUGGACUACCCAUUGGUGGUCCAGAUCCAUGCAGGCUGCGUGCUGUACCCCAACAGAACAAGCUGGGGCUUCCUGGAUAUUGGGGAGGGCGGCAGAGACCUCAUAGCUUUUGAGGUAGAGAGGCAGCGCUGGGAGCCCCGGCAGCCAUCCACACUAGCAGAGCAGGUCAGCAAGUCGAUCAACAGAAAGAAGGCCAUCACAGCUCUCCUGGAGCAUCUCCUCUCCAACUCCUGCCAGAGCCACAUCCUCACUCUGUGCAGGUACGGGAGGGCUGAUCUGGAGAGACAAGUGUUGCCCGUGGCCACGGUCUUCGCCCGCACGCCCAGACCAGACCAGCUCCUCCUGGUUUGCCAUGUCACCGGCUUCUACCCACGGCCCAUCAGCGUGUCCUGGCUGCGGGAUGGCCAGGAGGUGCCACCGGGCCCGGCCCUCAACACCAGUGCCAUCCUGCCCAACGCUGACCUCACCUACCAGCUCCGCAGCGUCCUGGCUGUGGCCCCCCAUGAUGGGCACAGCUACGCCUGCCGUGUGCGCCACCGCAGCCUGGGCACCCACAGCCUCCUCAUCCCAUGGGAAAACCGCAGUGCAGCUCCAACCGUCAGCAUCACCAUCGCAGUGCUGCUCCUUGUGGCCACAGCCUCUGCUGGAGGGUUUUGGUGGUGGAAGCGCAGGGUGAAGUCCUUCUGGGAAUGGACUGUUGCAGCAAUGGUCCUUCAUGGGGUCCCAAGUCCUGCCAGAAGCCUGCUCCAGCACAGGCUGUCUAUGGGGUCACAGCCUCCUUCAGGCACAUCCACCUGCUCCAAUAUGGUGUCCUCCAUGGACUGCAGAUAAGUAUCUCCUCCACCAUGGUCCUUCACCAUGAGCUGCACGGGCACCAUGCCUAGACCAUCUCUUCCUCUUCCUUCUUCACUGACUUCGGUGUCUCCAUAGUUGUUUCUGUCACAUAUUCUCACCUCCCUCUCCCAGCUGCUGUUGCGCAGCAGUUUUUACCCCUUCUUACGUAUGUUAUCACAGAGGAACUACCAACAUUGCUGACUGGCUCAGCCUUGGCCAGCAGUGAGUCUGUCUUGCAACUGUCUGGAACUAGCUCUGUUGGACAUUGGGCAGCUUCUGGCAGCUUCUCACAGAAGCCACCCCAGCAAGCCUGCUGCUACCAAAACCUUGCCACAUAAACCCAAUACUCACUGCCAGGGGUCUACAGAGUAAAGCCCUGGGGGCUACCACGGGAGAAGGUGAAGGUCACUAUUGACUAGAGUCAGACUACAUCUCCUUGGGUGUCAGGGUGCUGUUGCAGCCAGGAGGGAUGACUUUGCACCCACCCAAAUUCCCUAGUGUUCACAGUUGCUGGCCAGAGCACUCCAGCCUAGCCCUCCACCAGCCACACCACUUCCCCCUGGGGAACACACCCAACCAGGCCCUCCUCAAAACCUCAGCAGCAGCUUCAUUGG